AUGUCGAAUUUCUUGUCCAACACCAAUCCAAACCCUAACAAAUCAAUCGAGGUGAAUCAGCCUCCAACUGAUUCUGUUUCCAGUCUCAAUUUCAGUCCAAAAUCAAACUUACUCGUUGCAACUUCGUGGGAUAAUCAGAUUCGGUGCUGGGAGGUAGCACGUGAUGGAGCGAAUGUUGCAACUAUGCCUAAGGCUUCUAUAGCGCAUGAUCAGCCGGUUUUGUGCUCUGCUUGGAAGGAUGAUGGCACGACUGUCUUCUCUGGUGGAUGUGACAAGCAAGUGAAAAUGUGGCCCUUGAUGUCUGGAGGACAACCAAUUACUGUAGCCAUGCACGACAUGCCCAUAAAAGAUAUUGCUUGGAUUCCUGAGAUGAACCUUUUAGCCACAGGAAGCUGGGACAAGACUAUAAGGUAUUGGGAUACAAGGCAGUCAAAUCCAGUGCACACGCAACAGCUUCCAGAGCGCUGCUAUGCAAUGACAGUGAAACAUCCUCUGAUGGUAGUAGCCACUGCUGAUAGAAAUCUUAUUGUUUACAACUUGCAAAAUCCUCAGGUUGAAUUCAAGAGAAUUGUUUCACCAUUAAAGUAUCAGACAAGGUGCCUUGCUGCGUUCCCUGAUCAACAAGGUUUCUUGGUUGGAUCAAUAGAAGGAAGAGUUGGAGUGCACCAUUUAGAUGAUAGUCAGCAGGCUAAAAACUUCACUUUCAAGUGCCACAGAGAGGGGAAUGAAAUAUACUCCGUCAAUUCUUUAAACUUCCAUCCUGUACACCACACAUUUGCUACUGCUGGUUCUGAUGGUGCUUUCAAUUUUUGGGACAAAGAUAGUAAACAGAGGCUGAAGGCUAUGUUAAGAUGCAGCCAACCUGUUCCUUGCAGUAGCUUCAACAAUGAUGGUUCACUAUAUGCCUAUGCAGUCUGCUAUGACUGGAGUAAAGGGGCAGAAAAUCAUAAUCCGGCAACAGCAAAGACCAACAUUUUCCUGCACUUGCCACAGGAAUCUGAGGUCAAGGGCAAACCGCGCAUUGGUGCGACUGGGAGAAGGUAG